GUCUUCUUAACUUGACUUGAUGGGCAACACGCAGGCAGAGAGCAUAGACCUCCGUCCGCCCGCCGAGCCCUAUCACCACGAAACCAAAAUCAAUCUUCCUUCCUCCUUUCAGAGUCCUUAAACCUUCUUCACAUCUCUGUUUCCGGUAAAGUGAUUAUCAUCGAAUCCCCUCUUCUCCGGGAACAAAACCAAAGCUUUCUCCUUUCUGGGAACCCAUACUUGCAUGCUCUGAAGACUCUGCAAUGCAAUCGCCGCAUCGCCUCUUCUCUCGGCUUCUUCUUCGUUCUCCAGUGAAGGGUUACAGCAGGGGAACAAGUGUCGGCGGCGGCGGCGGCGGCUCACUUCACUUAUUGCUGUUGCAACUCGACGAGAGAAACGAUGGGUGUGUGGAAGCUAAUCGGAGUUUCAGCUCUCUUAUCCGUUCAAAUCCGCAGCUAAGAGGGUUUCUUCUAUCGAGUCGAAGGCUUGGCGUGAGAUGUUCUGUUUCGCUCGAUAGAGAUACUACUUCCCUUACUGAUUCCUUCUCUUCUCACCGGAGUUUCUUCACUCGGGCUAAACAAGUGAAGAGGAUUGAGAUCAAUGAUCAACAUAGUCAAAGAGCUGUCACUACUGCGCUAUGGUGCAACUUCCUUGUGUUUUCGCUCAAGUUUGGGGUUUGGUGGACGAGUUCUAGCCAUGUCAUAAUGGCUGAAGUAGUUCACUCUGUCGCCGAUUUUGCUAACCAGGCACUUCUUGCUUAUGGACUCAGUAGCUCAAGGCGUGCACCAGAUGCACUUCAUCCCUAUGGCUACUCAAAGGAAAGAUUUGUAUGGUCUUUGAUAUCUGCUGUUGGUAUCUUUUGCCUUGGAUCUGGUGCUACCAUAGUCAAUGGAGUACAGAACUUGUGGACUUCUCAUCCACCUCCAAAUAUGGAAUAUGCUGCUUUGGUAAUUGGUGGCUCUUUUUUAAUUGAAGGUGCUUCACUUCUAGUUGCAAUUCAAUCUGUCAAAAAAGGAGCUGCACAAGAAGGCAUGACGAUAAGAGAUUAUAUAUGGCGUGGUCAUGAUCCUACUUCUGUUGCUGUUAUGACUGAGGACGGCGCUGCAGUGACAGGUUUGGCAAUUGCUGCAGCUUCUCUUGUUGCUGUCAAGGUGACAGGAAACCCUAUUUAUGAUCCUAUUGGAUCUAUUGUAGUUGGAAACUUACUUGGAAUGGUGGCUAUAUUUCUCAUUCAACGGAACCGACAUGCCUUGAUUGGAAGAGCAAUGGAUGAUCAAGACAUGCGUAAAGUUCUUCAUUUUUUAAAGAACGACUCGGCUGUAGAUGCUUUAUAUGAUUGCAAAAGUGAAGUGAUUGGCCCUGGAUCCUUCAGAUUUAAGGCUGAAAUAGAUUUCAACGGGCAGGUUGUUGUCCAAAACUAUCUGAAGAGAACUGGGCGUGAAGAGUGGGCGAAACAGUUUCGUGAGGCUGCAAAGAGAGGAGAUGAUUCUGCAAUGCUCAAUGUUAUGUCAAACUACGGUGAGGAGGUUGUAACAGCUUUAGGAAGCGAAGUAGACCGGUUAGAGAAAGAGAUUCAAGAGCUUGUCCCUGGAAUCCAGCACGUUGACAUUGAAGCACACAAUCCCAUAGACCAAUCUCUAUGAUCUGAAACUUUCUUCCAAAAGGUAUUGAGUUAUCGAUACAAUUCCCUUGGCCUAAAGAAAUGGAAGUUACAAGUAACUCUUGGAGAAAUAGAAAGAGUGUUGUGUCAGGUUUCUGAUUGGGAAAAAUGUGGCUGAUGAAUUCUUCUCUGUCGUGUUUUUGAUAUUAGAAAGUCUCAUGAGUGUAACUUUAAAUUCUAUGCACAACAAAAAGCUUGUUGUAGAAACGUUGAAUUG